AUGCGUUCCCACAAACCGUUCAGCACGAGGCCUGGCAAGGGCCAGCACAAGCUCUUGAUCUCCGCGGGAACGAGGCUGUCGAGGGAACCCCCGAUUGUCAAACUCGACGGCGGAAAGCGAUUGGCUCUUCACGUCGAGUCCCUCGCUGCGGGCGACGGCAGCUUUGAUGGGUGGGCGUGGGCGUGGGCGUGGGCGCCGAUGAUCUUCACAAGGGCCUCCAUCUUCCGAAACCCGGGCUCCCACGUUCAGGGUUUGUCUCCUCAGGGCCUCUCUCUCUGGUGGGCACUCACUCACCUUGCUCGAUACCCAUCCCAGCACCUGGUCCACGCGGAGAGCCCGUCUCGGUGA